GUUUUUUUACUAUGUAAAUAAUAAAGUCAUUCAUAUUCCUGCUCUACAGUGAUCCGUCCCAAACGGCACGCCUUUCCGCUGGUUCUGCUCCUCCAUAGGCUAAAAGGCUACGGCUGAACAGUGUGGGACCAUGCUAAAGUUCACUUCGAGUUAAUGAUUACUUCGUACUACAUCGAAGAAGAGCUUUUAAACAGAGAUCAUGAGCGGUGUUCCAGAUCCCAGCUUUGAUCCCAAAGAGCACCAGCACCUGCGUUACAACCCACUGAGAGACAGCUGGGUCCUGGUGUCCGCCCACCGCAUGAAGAGACCCUGGGCUGGGCAGGUAGAGAAACCUCCUGAGGAGCAAAUACCCAGAUAUGAUCCCCGGAACCCUCUCUGUCCUGGAAACACAAGAGCUAACGGAGAGGUAAAUCCAAGCUAUGACAGCACGUUUGUGUUUGAAAAUGAUUUCCCUGCUCUUCAGCCCGAUGCUCCAGAUCCUGGCUCUGAUCAACAUCCAUUAUUCCAGUCCAAAGCAGCCAGAGGUGUAUGUAAGGUAAUGUGUUUCCACCCCUGGUCUGACGUAACCCUCCCUCUGAUGAAACACCAAGAGGUUGUCAAGGUGAUCGAUAAAUGGGCUGAGCUUUCGGAGGAACUCGGUGCAACAUACCCAUGGGUUCAGAUCUUUGAAAAUAAGGGGGCAAUGAUGGGUUGUUCAAAUCCACAUCCUCACUGCCAGGUGUGGGCCAGCAGCUUCCUGCCCAAUGAGCCUGCUCUUUCGGACCGCUGCCAAAGAGCGUACUUUCAGAAUCAUGGAGAACCACUGCUGGUGCAGUACGCAAAGCAAGAGGCAGAGAAAAAGGAGCGUGUGGUGGUGGAAAAUUCUGAUUGGCUGGUGGUGGUUCCUUAUUGGGCAACGUGGCCCUACCAGACAUUGCUGUUGCCAAGACGACAUGUCCUCAGAAUCAAUGACCUGACAGCGGAGGAAAGAGGGAGUCUGGCAGCCAUUAUGAAGCAACUGCUGACCAAGUAUGACAACCUCUUUGAAGUAUGUUUCCCGUACUCAAUGGGCUGGCAUGGUGCUCCAACUGGCCCUCAUUUGAAAGAAGACAACUCCCACUGGCAACUUCACGCUCAUUACUAUCCACCUCUGCUGCGUUCAGCCACAGUUAAAAAGUUCAUGGUGGGGUAUGAGAUGCUCGCUCAGGAGCAAAGGGAUCUAACUCCUGAACAGGCUGCUCAGAAGUUAAGAAAUCUUCCAGAGGAGCACUAUAAAACGAGAGCAAACCAUGAAAAAGAAGAAAAAAGCCAAUGAAACGACCCAUUAAAAGCUUGGGAAAGGUCUUUUUGGAACCCUACCAGUAAAAAGAUGCCUUUAAAAAAAGUGGUUUAUCUCUGUACAAAUAAAAUCCCUAUGAGCUGUAAACACAGUCAAUGCAUCUUGUUCUGUCAUUGUGAGGCUGCAUAUUUUGAAGAGAAUAUGUAUAGAAACAAAUAAUUACGUCACAUCUACUGUAUAAGAGAAAAAUGAUAAUUUAAUGAUGAAUAUUUCCAGGAAAACAAACAAAGAAAUUUCGGAUAAAAUCAACACUCUUGUUCUUUUGAAGGGAUAAAUUGAGGUUUCCAUCUUCCAUCUUCACCUGACAAUAGCAAUUUCAUUUACAACUCUGAUCAGGAGUGAAAGUGUAACCAAACUGAAAAACAGUCUGUGUAAGCAGUCUGUUCGGUAUGUUUUAAAAGGCAUUCACAGUUAAUCAUGACUUGUAAAGGUUGUCAGUGUAUUUUAGGCAUUAAUAAGGGGGGAACUGAAACUUGAUCUAAUUUUAAUGUAUUUUCUUUCCUCCUUGGUGUGAAUAUGAACUUGCAAUAAAUGCCAAAUGA